AUGGCCACCAUUGUUGUCGGCUCCGGAAGCCACUGGACCUACCUUGUUGAUGCCAUGGUGAAUGCCUCUGAUAUAGAAACAUUUGAGCAGAUUCUGUAUUCCUUGAAUACUACUAGUGUUCCCAUACAUCUUGAUAACAACACAAAUAUCUCUGACAUUAACAUCACAACAGUGUGUUCAUCAACUAGCAAUGGCAUCCAGUGUAGAUGUGAGGAGCAAUUUGCUUGGCCAUACAGCACAUGUGUCACUUAUGGAGCCUGUGAUCACAUAUCCAGUGGCAUUUGUAAAUGUAUCAAUGCCGUGCCAGCUGAACUUCAGUCCUGCCAACCAUUAUCAGCACUACUAGCACAGGUUGAGUAUGAAGUCGAUGUGGAGCUCAUUCUGAAAGAUGCUGGGGUAGUGGACUACCUUAGAAGACUACUGAGCAAUGGCAGUUUUUUCCUGGCUCUGGGUCCUACUGUGAAUGUGACAAAUAUUAGCAUCACCACAGUGUGUUACCCAAAUGGCAGCAACUUCCAGUGCCAAUGUGAGGAUAAUUAUGUUUGGUCAUAUAGAAACUGCAUUACAUAUGGAGCCUGUGAUAAGAUCACUGAUGACACAUGCAGCUGUAUCAGCAGAAUCCCGUCUAAUGAGCAGUACUGCCAACCAAAGACAGUUGUUUAUGAAUACCUCAUCUCUAUUGAGUUGAAUGUCUCAGAUGCUGCAGUAAUAAAUCAACUGAGGACCAUCCUGAGCAACAUCAGCUACCCCAUCAGCAUCAACAGCCACAUACAAAUCUAUGACAUUCACAUUUCUACAGACAAAUACAAUUCAUACCACAACUACUGCCGGCAUCCCCACCGCAACUACCGCCGGCAUCCCCACCGCAACUACCACCACUUUCCCUGCCACGAUGAUUACCAUGUCUACUACCACUAUCCCCCCAAGAGGGACUACUUCAGGUGCUACUACUAUCCCCACCAUAACCACUACCACUACUACUUCCAGAAUCACUGCAACCAGUACCUUAUCAACAACCACAACAACUGUUAUCUUGCCAACGCCAGCACCAGAGAAGGAAGUGUAAUUACAGACUUUGUUGUCCAGACAACACAAGUUAGUGUGGAUGAAAUAACUGAAGCAAAUAAUAAACUCCCAGAAGCAAUGAAGCCCAUUGCUCCUGUCAUUGGCUCAGUUUCUACAUUUUACAAAAGUGUUAAAUGUAAUGAUACUCAGUAUGGGACUGGACGAAAAGGGGACAGAUCAAGCUCAGAGUGUAAAAAAGGUCAAGAGGGGAGCAAGACUGCGGUCUGUCAGGAAACAGGAGAGUGGAAACUUGUGAGAGACACAUGCAUCACAACAAAAAUCAAGGAAUUAUUAAUUGAAUCACAGAGUUUGGGAGUGAAAGAAGUGCCCCAUUUUGUGGUGGAUCUAAGUCAAGCUGUUCAGCAAGACAAAGCCGAAAUUAAACAUUCAUCUGCAACCAUAUCAGCUGUCAUUACCAUGAUAAAUACAAUUGCAAAUGUUUCCACUGCAGUUAAUGUUACUGUCAUGCAGGAUAUCCUAGAAACUGUUGAUGUCAUUAUUGGUAAUGAUACAAGAGAGUCCUGGGUAGUUCUGAAUGCAAAUAAAACCCACAAUUCCAGUUCAGCAUUGCUGGGUUCAAUGGAGACUCUCUCUAAUGAGUUAGUUGGUGAGUUUGACAUCAAGACUCAAUGGAUCGUGCUCAACAGGACCUCAUUCAGUAACUCCUUCAGGGCAGACCUGAAUUCAGUUACUAUAAACAUUCCAAACACCAACAUUACCAAUGCCAUUAUUACCACCAUCACUUUUUUCACCCUUAAUAAUGUUAUGCCAGCACGGAAUUCCACAUUUAACACCAGCCUCUUCAACAUCACCACCGAUGUAACUGACAAUGGUAACACCAUCAAUGCUGCUGUGGUGCUUGUCAAAAUAAAUGCAACAAUUCAGAAUGUCACUCUGAGCUAUGAAAAGCUGAACAACUCCCUGACAUGGAGCCCACAGUGUGUCUUCUGGAACUUCACACUCUUUGAUCAACUCGGUGCCUGGGAUGAUACAGGGUGUAAGUUUGUUUCUGACAUAAACAAUAAUGUGACCUGCACCUGCAACCACAUCACCUCCUUUUCACUUCUGAUGGCAACAGAUGUCCCUCCACCACUGAGAGAAGCCUUGGAUAUAAUCACUUAUAUUGGAGUUGGGAUAUCUCUGGGAAGCCUAGUUAUAUGUCUCAUUAUUGAAGGCUGUGUUUGGAAAGCCCUUACCAAAAACACCACUGCCUUCAUGCAUCAUGUUUCCAUCAUUAACACCGCCCUGUCUCUGCUGAUCACUGACAUCUGUUUCAUCAUUGGUGCCGCUAUUGCUAAGAAUCCCCUUGAAAACCCAGGGGAGGACUAUAACGUUCCACUUGGACCAUGUAGUGCAGCAACAUUUUUUAUGCACCUUUUCUACCUUGCUCUGUUCUUUUGGAUGCUUGUGUCAGGCCUUCUGCUCUUAUACCGGACAGUCAUGGUCUUCUCCCACAUGUCCAAAGCAACCAUGUUGGCCAUUAGCUUUAGUUUAGGCUAUGGCUGCCCUCUGAUUAUAGCUGUUAUCACUGUUGCUGCCACGGCACCAGGAAAAGGAUACAUCAGGAAAACCAAGGCGUGCUGGCUCAACUGGGCAGAGACAAUGGCCCUGCUUGCCUUGGUGAUUCCUGCCUUGACCAUCGUUUUCAUCAACAUUUUAAUUGUAAUUGUUGUCAUAUACAAAAUACUGAGAAGAGGUGUGGGAGAUACGUUCAACUCACUACAGGUAUUUGCACCUGUUAUCUGA